CAUUCACUCCCAGCCGUAGAUGGCGGACGGCGAACAUAAACGGGCCGAAGCCGCCGACACCGGCUGCUCCGAGGAGCUGGACGAGCCGCUUCAGAAGAGGGCGAGAGUUCUGGAGCUGUCCGGCGAUUCGGAACACAGCGCUGCUGGCGGAACCGAGCCGCUGGUGUCGAAACCGGCGGGAAUGGAUGAGUCUCGUGAGGCCGCGCUGAACAACAACAAUAACAACAACAACAACAACAGUGAACCCGCCGAACCCGAACCACAUCUCUCCGAAUUAAUCGACGAAGGUGUCCACCCCAAUGGAUUCACAUCACCUGAUCAUCUUCAUGACGAUGAUGACGACUGCUCCUCUCACGCCAGCUCCAGUGACUGGACCCCUCAACCACAGAUCGGUUCCUACCGGUUCAUUCAGCAGCACAUCAUGAGAGGAACUGACCCGAGAGCCAUCCUGAAAGAUCUGCUUCCUGAAAUGGUCCUGCCUCCAGACCUCGACGACAUGACACUGUGGCAGAUCAUCAUCAGCAUCUCAGAACCCCCCAAAAGGAAGAAACGUAAAGACAUCAACACCCUGGAGGACGUCGUCCGGCUGCUGAAUGAGAGAAAGAAGAUACUUGUGCUCACUGGCGCUGGGGUAUCCGUUUCUUGUGGAAUUCCUGACUUUCGAUCUAGAGAUGGGAUUUAUGCAAGACUUGCUGUGGAUUUUCCUGACCUUCCUGAUCCUCAAGCGAUGUUCGACAUUGACUACUUUAAAAGAGAUCCAAGGCCUUUUUUCAAAUUUGCCAAGGAAAUUUACCCAGGACAGUUCCAGCCUUCUCCCUGUCACAGGUUUAUAUCAAUGCUUGAUAAGAGAGGACGGUUGCUGAGGAAUUAUACUCAGAACAUUGAUACUCUGGAGCAAGCUGCUGGAAUUCAGAAGAUCAUUCAGUGUCACGGGUCUUUUGCGACAGCGUCAUGUCUUGUUUGUAAACAUAAAGUUGACUGUGAGGCCAUAAGGGAAGAUAUAUUUAACCAGGUUGUUCCUCACUGUCCGAGGUGUCCGUCUGAUGUCCCUUAUGCCAUCAUGAAACCAGACAUUGUCUUCUUUGGUGAGAAUCUUCCAGAGUUUUUCCACCGAGCAAUGAAGCAGGAUAAAGAUGACGUGGACCUUCUCAUUGUGAUCGGAUCUUCUUUGAAAGUUCGGCCGGUUGCUCUCAUACCCAGCUCCGUACCUCAUGAAGUGCCUCAAGUCCUAAUAAACCGCGAGCCGCUGCCACACCUGAACUUUGACGUUGAGCUGCUUGGAGACUGUGAUGUCAUUGUGAAUGAACUCAGCCAUCGACUGGGUGGCGACUUUGAGCAGCUGUGCUACAAUUCCUCACGACUCUGCGAGAUCACGGAAAAACCGCCCGCCUCAUUACUCACCCUACCUGAACAGACUGCGGAGAGCACGUCCACAAAUGCUCAGGAGCUUCAGGGUACAAACGCCUCAGUUGAGGAGACUGAUCACGCUCGGUCUGUGUCUCCAAUCAGAGUCAGGGAUUCUUCUCAAAAUGCAACGGAGAUGGAGAUAUCGUCCCUAGAAGCCAAACAAACCAGCCAUUGUCCAGAGCAGUUAUCAGAAACUGACACGGACCCCAGCGUUCAGAGCCCUGAGUUAGAAGCAACACACUCCAACUCGAACACACAUUCUCUGAAGACUACCAGUCCCUGUUCGGAGAGGUUGGACCUCAGAAUUAACACAGCAUCUGAUGCUACAGAAGCCGGACACGCUACUGAUGAUACACCAUGUGGUAAGGAGGAAAGGCCAGAUGAGCGUCAACGUGUUGAAAUGCGAAGACGCUGCUGGAGAAGCCGAAUCUGUCAGAGUCCAAUCAGCAAACGCCUUGGAGCCUCCCAGUACUUAUUUCAAGCACCGAACCGUUACAUUUUCCACGGGGCUGAAGUUUACUCGAGUUCAGAGGAUGAGACCUCCAGUUCAUGCAGCAGUGACAGUGAUGGCUCUCGCUGCAGUGCGGACGCUUUGGAAAACGAAGACAGUGAUGUCGAGGAAGAUGGUGCUCCAGUGACGGACCGAGACACAGAAGGCCACCUCAAAGAGACAGUACAAGAAAAUGAACCCAAACGCCUUCAAACAGACUGCACAGCAGAUAGAAAUCUACAAACCACCACAGACCUUUAAAACAUACUCAAUAACUUCUCAAGCACUAGCUGUAUUUAAUGUGUCUGUUUGAUAUAUUUUUGUACUUCCCUCCCAUAGUACUGUUAUGUCUUCUAAUGCAUGCAACCUGUUUUUUUUUUUGUUUGUUUUUU